AUGGGAAAUUGCAUCGAUGUACAGAAGCCGAUCUUGUGGGUGGACGACGACGACUGGGAGACGCCGGAGCCGGAGAGUCCUGUACAUUGUCGAGAACAGGAGAAGGCUGAGAGAGCAGCUACCGGCCGAUCCGCAGAACCACCACCGGCGAAGGAGAAACAAGCGGUGGUGGGGUCGUCCGAGAUCAAGAUCAAGAUCAGCAAGAAGCAGAUGGAAGAGCUGCUACGUCAAGUGGACGAGAAAGGAUUGUCGAUCGAGAAGGUUCUUGCGGACCUCGUGGUGAUAGGUGAGGUUUGUCUUGAGAGCAGGGAUGGCCAUUGGAGACCCAACCUGCAAAGCAUACCCGAGGUGUCGGAAUAA